AGGAAGGCGGGCGAGGAGGAAGGAGCGCCGGGGCGCGGGAGGGAACAGCCGUGUGGUGGAAGCGCGAGCGGGAGGCCGGUUGCGGUCGUGAUCUUGCCGCCACCGCCGCCGCGGCUCGCCCGGGGAUGUCUGAGCCCGCGCCUCGCGGCCCUCGAGCUCCACGCGGCGGCCGCCGUCCCGGCCUCUAAGGGCCGCCACGUCCCGGCGGCGCGCGCAGGCUGAGGGCGGCUCGGUGCCGGCGGGGUUGCCCGGGGAGGGCCCGGGCGGGCCGGGAGGGGCUGCCCAAGCUCCGCGCCUACCCCAGCACCGCGGCCGGCGCCCGGCCAGGAGGAUGCGCGGCGCCGGGCUCUGAAGCAUGGAGGGGGUUCUGUACAAGUGGACCAACUAUCUCACAGGUUGGCAGCCACGUUGGUUUGUUUUAGAUAAUGGAAUCCUGUCCUACUAUGAUUCACAAGAUGAUGUUUGCAAAGGGAGCAAAGGAAGUAUAAAGAUGGCAGUUUGUGAAAUUAAAGUCCAUUCAGCAGACAACACAAGAAUGGAAUUAAUCAUUCCAGGAGAGCAGCAUUUCUACAUGAAGGCAGUGAAUGCAGCUGAAAGACAGAGGUGGCUGGUUGCUCUGGGGAGCUCCAAAGCUUGUUUGACUGAUACUAGGACUAAAAAAGAAAAAGAGAUAAGUGAAACCAGUGAAUCUCUGAAAACUAAAAUGUCUGAACUUCGUCUCUACUGUGACCUCCUAAUGCAGCAAGUUCAUACUAUCCAAGAAUUUGUUCACCAUGAUGAGAAUCAUUCAUCUCCCAGUGUAGAGAACAUGAAUGAAGCCUCUUCUCUGCUUAGUGCCACAUGUAAUACAUUCAUCACAACGCUUGAGGAAUGUGUGAAGAUAGCGAAUGCCAAGUUUAAACCUGAGAUGUUUCAGCUGUCCCAUCCGGAUCCCUUGGUUUCCCCUGUGUCGCCUUCUCCUGUUCAAAUGAUGAAGCGUUCUGUCAGCCACCCUGGUUCUUGCAGUUCAGAGAGGAAUAGCCACUCUGUAAAAGAACCAAUAUCUACACUUCACCGACUCUCCCAGCGACGCCGAAGAACCUACUCAGAUACAGACUCUUGUAAUGAUACUCCUCUUGAAGACCCAGACAGACCUGUUCACUGUUCAAGAAAUACACUUAAUGGAGAUUUGGCAUCAGCAACCAUUCCCGAGGAAAGCAGACUUAUGGCCAAAAAAAAAUCUGAAUCGGAAGAUCCUCUUCCAUCCUUCUCUUCCUGAGGAAAUGGAAGUGUCCAACUUCCUCUAAGUAUUGCUAUGCAAAAGCUGCUGUAAUUAAACUAUGUUCUAGGGAGUAGUUUUUCCCUUAGGAUUUCUCUGCACUUUAUAGAAUACUGUAAAACAAACAAACAAAAAAACAACCCACAUACCUUUGAAGUGUAUUUUAUCUUUAUAUAGUUUAUUUGCAAGAGUAUUUUCCUAAUAACUUCACAGUAUGAAUGUGCAUCUUUUUUUUUUUUUUUUUAAACAAAUGAUGGUGUAACAUUUUGACAUCCAUAAGGACAAAUGUAGAUAUUUUUCUAAAAAACUGUGAGGGACUGACAGCUUAGUCAGGGUGUAUUGUAGCUUAUAAACAUGAAAUCUUAUAAACAUAAGGUUUCAGUUUGACAGACGUGUGAUAUGUAACUUGUGCCAUGGACCAAAUGGUCACUUUACCCCAGCUAAAAAUGAGUUACGAUAGCAGCUUGAUGGUGAUUCUAUUGUAUUCUUUUAAGCAAAAGGAGACAUUUAAUAUUCCAAAUAUUUUUAGCCCAAAUACCAUGACACAUUGAGGAUUUUUUAACAACCAGACUGUGCUGUCCUUCAUAUGUGAAGUUGACACUACUGAUUUGUCAGUACCAAAUGUUGGGUUAAAGUAUUUAACUUUUAUUUAUUUAUUUUUCUGUUGCAUCAAAAAAUGAUUGCAUCCUGACUUUUAUGACCUACCAAAUUUAAGAUGUGUAUACAUUUGUUAUUUACAUUGUUCUAGAAAAGAGGUUAAUGUUGUAGUGACCUUGCUCACUUACACCAGAGAAAUAAACGCCUUUCAAUGGAAGAGGAUUUUAGUGCUUUUUUCCUAAAAUAGACAUUAAGCUGCUGUUGUAAGGUAUUAAUGUUUGCAGCUCUUUAGACUAUCUAGAGACAUUUUUUAUUUAUGACUAUUUAUACAAAAAAGGAAUUCUGUCAAAGUGACCACUCUACAUCACUUGAGAAUGGCAUUAUUUAAUUAAAGAACAAAUAGCAUUUUUUGGUAGUGCCUGUCCAUACCUAUUGUCAGUGUUUGCCUUGUAAACUGUUUUUUUAAAAAAAUUCACUUUGGAGUGAUGGUUUUGUCCAAGGUCUUGGAUGAGGAGCACUUUAAAACAAACUGGUUUGGUGUUUUUAAGUUAAUCACAUGUUUAAUAAAUAUAUGGUUUUUGCAUUCAAA